UUGGCGACUAAAAACCACCCAGGAAUGAGGCUUAAAAGCAAGCUUGCUGUUAAAUCGGAGUAACUAUAGCAGCAAUGUCAACUAAGAACCUCGUAAAAAUAUUCGAAAAAUCCCUUCCCAGAUGCCCCAGUUCACCAGCAAAUAAAAAAACUGCAGAAGAAAUUGCUGAAGUCCUCGUAAAAUCAGGCCUUAAACCCUUCAAAACCAAUCCGUCUUUGAUCUCUGGUCUCAACUCAAACACAACCGACCUCGUUCUUUCAAACCCAAAUCUCCCUAUUCAUUCCUGUACCCUCUUCUUCAACUUUUUAAGAACGAAUCUUUCUCUUACUCCCCAAAAACCCAAUCUUCAAGCCCAUUUAUCUUUCAUUCGCAGAUUGCACAAAGCUGGAAAUUUCGAAGAAAUUAAACAAGUAUUGAAGUUUAUUCUCUCCGAUGAUAAUCUUAGAUACCCAGUUGAGGAAAUUCUUUCUCUCUUUGAUUUUGAGUUUAAUAACUCAUAUUUCCUUAACAAGUUGUCCGACUUGCUUUUUAGAGUUUGUGUAGAUAACAAAAGGUUUGAAGAGGCAAAUCUGGUUUUUGAUUAUAUGAAGAAAAUGGGUUUUAAUAUUGAUGAAAGGUCUUGUAUUUUGUAUUUGGUUGCAUUGAAGAAGAGUGAUAAAGGAGAUUCGUUUUUUGUGUUUUUUAGAAGAAUGGUUGAAUCUGGCGUAGAAAUUGGUGCUUAUUCUAUGACAAUUGUGAUUGAUGGGUUAUGUAGAAGAGGGGAAGUUGAGAAAGGUAGAGAAUUGAUGAAUGAAAUGGCUAGUAAAGGGGUUAAAGCUAAUGUUGUUACUUAUAAUACAAUUUUAAACGCUUAUGUUAAAAGGAAGGAUUUGGGGGUUGUUUCUGAGGUUUUGAUGUUGAUGGAGAGGGAGGAAGUGGAGUAUAAUGCUGCUACUUAUACUGUUUUGAUUGAGCAUUUUGGAAAUAUUGGCAAGCAUGACGAAGUUGAGAAGCUGUUUGAUGAAAUGCGUGAGAGAAAGGUGGAAAUGGAUGUUCAUCUUUAUACUUCGAUGAUACACUGGCAUUGUAGAAGAGGGAAUAUUAAGAAAGCUGUUUCUUUGUUUGAUGAGUUGACUGUGAAAGGCCUUGUUCCGAAUGCACGUGUUUAUGGGGCCCUCAUUGACGGUCUCUGCAAGACUGGGCAGAUGGAGGCAGCUCAGCUAUUGCUAAAAGAUAUGCAAAGUCAAAAAAUUGUUGUAAAUCAGGUGAUAAUUAAUACACUCCUGCAUGGGUAUUGCAGGAAGGGGAUGAUGGAUGAUGCUUUGAGGUUAGUGGCUGUUAUGGAGAAGAAAGGCUUUAAGCCUGAUGUAUUUACUUACAACAUUAUGGCUAGCGGGAUGAGUAGAUUGAAACGAUAUGAGGAAGCAAAGAGAUGGUUGUUCAUGAUGGUAGAAAACCAAUUGACGCCUAAUGCUAUCAACUUCACUACUUUGAUUGAUAUUCACUGCAAAGAAGGAAACAUUGUUGAGGCAAAGCGGCUGUUUCGACAAUUGCAGGGAAAGGGGGAGAGUCCUAAUACUGUUACAUAUAAUGCUCUCAUCGAUGGAUAUGGCAAGAAAGGGGAAAUGAAAGACGCAUAUAAGCUAAGGGAUGAGAUGGAAGCCAAAGGAAGAAUUCCUGAUGUAUACACAUACACAUCACUUGUGCAUGGUGAAUGUAGUUUUGGGAAUAUAGAUGAAGCAAUGAAACUAUUUAAUAAAAUGCGUCAAAAGGGUCUAGUUCCAAAUGUAGUCACCUAUACGGCUAUAAUUUCUGGGUUGUCUAAGAAAGGGAGAUCAGAUGACGCUUUUAGACUUUACAAUGAAAUGAUCAGUUUGGGCCAUGUGCCUGAUCAAAGAGUUUAUAGCUCACUUGUCGGUAGCCUUCAUACAACCUAGGGCCAAUAGUUGGAUGGUCUUUUACCUUGCUUUCCCUUUUUUGUGGUAUUUAGUUUAGACUUCGUGAUAUGCAGCUUGAUGCUAACAAAACCUCAACCUAUCUUCAGGAUGAUGCAUAUAUCAUCAGUUUAUGCUAUAGGACUUUAACCAAAGAACAUUCUUGUUGGUGAAAUGCCUGUGAAAGAAAACGUGGCUGAACUUGGGCUCCUUCAAAACAAUGCAAUGUCUGAUUUUGAUGUUAAAUGCUUGUUCAGAGGGUGGCUUGUGUUGUGAGUGUUCGUUUUUGCUGCUGGCUUCAUUGAGAUGUUUGUUUAUUGCAUCAAUCUACGGUUGGUACUGCAUCUGGGAAGGUUAGACAUGUUAAUGGUGGGCAAUCGAAUUAUAUGGAUCCUAAAUCCAUGCAGGCAUGUUUCUAUCUGUGAAAUCUGCUCCAGAAGAGUAUUUGCAUACUGAGAGAAGUUAGUUCAGUGGAUGUGGAGGAUCCGAGGGAAACAGGAACUACAAAUUUUACUAUGGAUCUCUCAAGGAUAGAAGAUCCUGCUAUCUUCCUCAAAAACUGCAGUGGAGACCUUGUUUAUGAUAUGUUUGUACUGCCACCUGUUAUGAUGGCCAAGCUCUGCUGACUGCAGAUCCAUUAUAGAAGAAGCUGCUAAGCUUGUUGAGGCUGGUAUGCAGACUUGGUGAAUAGGUUCUAUAUAUCAGUUUCAGGAAAUGUUUAAGCUUUCAAAAGGCAUGCUUAUGAACUUGCUAUAAUUUGAUUUGUUGCUAAAAAUGACAUUGUUAAACUCUCUCCAUAGGUCUUUUGAAAUAUUGCCCUGGAAAUUUUAGUGUACAUACAUGCAUUUCAACCAGAAGUCCUUUUCUAUGCUUCCAGCCACUUACAUGUUCUCAGGUCAGUCUUCAGAAUGGCUAAUGUUCAAUUGUAGGAAACGCUUUACUCCAGGACUAUACUGUGGCCCAAGGAAAGGUUUUUCUUUUUUCUGUUAUUUUAUUGGCCCAAUUUGAUUUAUAUUGUUUUAGUUGGACCAAAGAAGUCUAGCAACGCAUGCAGUUCUAACAUUGGAUGUGUAUCUAUCUUAGAGGUAUCAUCAAAUAUUAUUAUAGUUACCUGAUUCGGAUAAA